GAUUACUUCCGACAAUUCUGGAAGAUUUGCUUGCUGCACGCAAGAGAGCGAAAGCUGACCUGAAGAAGGAAACGGAUCCAUUUAAGAAGGCAGUUUUAGAUGGAAGACAACUGGCUUUAAAGAUGAGCGCAAACUCGGUCUACGGGUUCACAGGAGCAACUGCUGGCAAAUUGCCAUGCAUCGAAAUAUCAGCAAGUGUCACAGCUUACGGACGACAAAUGAUCGAACGAACUAAACAGGAAGUGGAAAGUCAUUUUUCUAUCAUCAACGGUUACAAACAUGAUGCUCAUGUCAUCUACGGAGAUACUGAUUCGGUCAUGAUAAAAUUUGGUGUGGAUAACUUGACCGAUGCCAUGAAAUUAGGCCGGGAAGCGUCCAAGUACGUCACGGAAAAAUUUAUUGAACCAAUAAAACUGGAAUUCGAAAAGGUUUACUUCCCAUACUUACUAAUAAGUAAGAAACGUUAUGCCGGUCUUUAUUGGACCAAUCCUAAUAAAUGGGACAAAUUAGAUACAAAAGGAAUAGAAACUGUUCGACGAGAUAGCUGUCUUCUGGUGCAGAAUGUAAUAGAAACGUGUCUGCGAAAAAUCUUAAUUGAUAGAGAUGUAGUAGGGGCCGAAGAAUACGCGAAGAAGACUAUCUCCGACUUGCUUCAAAACAAGAUUGACAUGUCACAAUUGGUCAUAACCAAGGCUUUGAGUAAAUCAGAUUAUGCCAGUAAACAGCCGCAUUCUUGUUUGGCUGAACGUAUGCGCAAACGUGAUCCUGGUUCUGCACCUACACUUGGCGAUCGUGUUGCAUACGUUAUUGUGAAGGCUACAAAAAAUGCACCUGCUUACGAAAAAUCUGAAGAGCCAAUAUAUGUACUCGAAAAUAGUAUCCCGAUCGAUACCAGCUAUUACCUAGAAAAUCAACUUUCUAAACCGUUAAUGCGAAUUUUUGAACCGAUUUUGGGAGACAAAGCUAAUUCUCUACUUGCCGGAGAGCACACUCGUAUCAUUCAGAAUACGACACCUACAAUUGGUGGCUUGAUGAAAUUUGCAGUUAAGACACCUACUUGUCUGGGCUGUAAAACUCCAUUAUCGAAAAGUGAUGCAGCCGUGUGCAAACAUUGUAAACCAAAACUUGGUGAACUAUUCCAGAAACAGUUGGAUGUUGUAAAUUCACUCGAAACUCAUUUUGCACGACUUUGGACACAGUGCCAGAGAUGUCAAGGAAGUUUACACCAAGAUAUUCUUUGCAGUUCUCGAGAUUGUCCUAUAUGGUACAUGAGAAAGAAAGCUCAAAAGGAUGUAGCAGACGCAACUAGCAUAUUGGAAAGAUUUAACCGCGCAUGGAUGCUACAACCUUCUUCUAAGAGGCAAG